GGGACAAAGCCAACUUCACUCUGACAAAGAACGCUGGGCCCGAAACAUUGCAUUGUCCGUCGCAUCGUGCGUUUUCCAGUGUUCGCGCGAGUAUAACGAGCGAGUAAAAUUUCCUCGUUUAAGUAAUCGCAAUCUGUGUACACGCUGUGUAAGCAAGUAGGGCGGAAUAGGAAAGUUAAACGCACGAUCCUUAGACCUCACGAGGACGAGGAUUUCGCAAUUGACCCGCGAUUGACGUUGUGGUCGAGCGUCGUUUGUGCAUGUACGAACAAGGGCGCCAACAAGCUACUUCUCAGUGAGAGUAGCGUCUGAAGUUGGCAAGUCUCCGGCCGCGACGGGUACGGGCCUGAGCUGCGCGCGCAGAUGACAUCAGCACGCCAAUAUGGCCGGACGACAUCGGCUGUCCGCAGCGCGACUGUGAAAACGGGCUGUCCGGGGGUAUCAAGGGAAGUCCAGGGAAAAUAUGUCGGACUACCUGAGGUCCGCGCUCGGUUACCUGAACGGUGGCACCAGCGGCGGCGACGGCGAGUACGUCGGCCAGACUCUGGAGAUCAACAAUGUAAGACUGAAAGUAACGCGGCUGAUCGCCGAGGGUGGAUGGUCAUUGGUGUUCGCGGUAGAAGAUGUUGCCACGGGAAAAGAAUACGCGCUUAAGAGGCUUAUCGCCCUCGACGAGGAGACGAACAAAGACAUUAUACAGGAGAUAGAAACGCUCAAGAGGCUGUCGGGUCAUCCGAAUAUUAUUCAAUAUUUGCACGCGCAGCGGCUGGAGCGAGAGAAUCAGAAGGGCUACGAGUACCUGGUCGUCACCGAACUGUGUCCGGGCGGUACCGUGGCCGAUAUACUCAGGAGCGUGUCCGUGAAUACGCUGACUCUCGCCCAGGUGUGCAAGAUCGCCUAUCAAGCGACCAGAGCGGUGCACCACAUGCACAGUCAGCAGCCGGAACCGCUCAUCCAUCGGGACGUUAAGUUAGAGAACUUCUUACUCGGGAGAGACGGCCUUGUGAAACUCUGUGACUUCGGUAGCGCCUCGACACAACAGAUACUACCGAGCCCGUCAUGGAACGCUCAAAAACGCGCCACUCUGGAGGACCAGAUGGCCAAAUACACAACCCCCAUGUACCGCGCACCAGAGAUGAUGGACACGUGGAACAAUGAACCGAUAGGGCCUCCGGUGGACUGUUGGGCUCUCGGGUGUAUAUUGUACGCUUUAAUCACACUGCGACAUCCUUUCCCGGGAGAUAACAAGCUAUCGAUCGUGAACGGCAAAUAUUCGAUGUUACUGCCCAAUCCGCGAUAUGCGUGCCUGCACGACCUGGUGAAAGGGUGCCUGCAAGUAUCGCCUAUCCAGAGGCUGACGACGGCGACGUUGUUGGAGCGCCUGGCGGCGAUCGCCGAGUCGAACAACUUCGACCCGAGAGAACCGCCGCGGAUCGAGGUCGCGAUCAAGCCGUCGCCACCACCACGUCCGACGCCCCCGCAGCCGACGAGUGCGCCGGCGGCACCACCUCGUCCCAAUCCUCCAGCGGCGAUGCCACCCCCGCGACCGGUGCCCGUGAAAACGGUGUCAAAGCCGCCUCAGGGGUUCGGCCUAUUCAACUCGAUCAAGGGCACCAUUCUGCGCAAUCUCAAGGACACCUCCAGCAAGGUGAUGCACUCCGUCCAGCAGAGCAUGGCCAGGACCGAACUGGACGCGAGUUACCUAACGUCGCGCAUACUCAUCAUGCCGUAUCCGGCCGACGGGAUCGAGUCCGCCUAUCGAGCGAAUCACGUGGAGGACGUGAGGGCGUUCCUGCAGACCAGGCAUCCUCCACCGGCCAAGAUACAGCUGUACAAUCUGUCGCGCGGCCGGCCGAACGUCACGCGGCUUCCCGGCAAACACGUAGACUGCUCGUUCGCCUACGCCACCUCGGAUUCGAAUGCCCUCAUGCUGUUCGCCUUGUAUCAGAUCUGCCAGGACAUCUAUCAGUUUCUGAACGCCGACUUCAAUCACGUGGUGGUGCUGUAUUGUAAUGACGGAUACCGCGCGUGCGCCACGGUGGCGUGCUCCCUGCUGAUCCACUGCGGCGCCUUCGCCACCACCGAGGAGGCGAUCUCGCUCUUCACCACCAGACGCUGCCAGUCGCCGAAUCUGCAGGUCGAGGAGCUGCGCAGCAUCAGUUACAUGAGCCUACUGAGCAACGGUACACGCCCGCACACCAAGCCGCUGGUCCUUCGUUCCAUCACGAUGCAGCCGGUGCCGCGGUUCACCCGAGCGAAGGACGGCUGCCGGCCGUACGUCGAGGUCUAUUGCAACGGCGCGUUGGUCUUCACGACGAGGAAACCCAACUACGAGGAGAUGAGGCUGUUCAGUAUGAUGGAGGGCAAGGUCCGCCUGAAACUUGGCGACGUGACCGUGCGCGGCGACAUUACGAUAAUAGUGUACCACGCCAGGCAGCAGCUCGGCCGCGUGAUCGGCAUCAAGAUGACCUCGCUGCACUUCCACACCGGCUACAUGUGCUUCACCGAGAGCGAGUCGACAUCCGAAUGCGCGAUGUCGCCUGAGGGCGCAAUGACGUCCGAGAGCACGUGGACAUCCGAGGGCACCUUGACGUCCGAGAAAUGCGACUUGGACGACGCGCCGGAGGUCGGUGGUAAGUUCCACAUGAUGCUGCACGUCGUCAAAACAGAAGAGAACCCGAAGCUCUCGAGAAUACCGGCACCCUGGGAGGCGGAGACGUCCGUCAAGCCUGUGCCGGACCCGCUGUUCGGCUCGACGCUGGAGAUGGAGGAGACCUUGGAGAACUUCAGAACCGUUACGGGAAAGACUCAGCCGGCGGUGUCGUCGAACGAGCUCGACGCCACGGUGCCGCAACACGAGGUAACUCACGAGGCUGACAACUCGAAUGAAGAAGAGGAAGAAGUGGCGGAAAUGAAGAACGAGGAGAACAGCUUUCAAGAAGCCGACCUGCUGAACCUCGGCAUGCCGGACAGCACCAGCAUUAAUACUUCAAAUACUCCCACCGCAGCGACGGUUAAUCCAGGAUUAGACAUAUUCUCUAAUUCUAGUCAGAACGAAAGCGAUCUCUUAGGCGGGUUCGGCCUGUCGUCGACGCAGGUCGAGACCGCCAACUCGAUACCUUUAAUCAACAACAGCGCCCACGGUGACUUAUUGUUCGGGCACGAGGAGUCCACGAAGAGCAACGCCGCCCACAACAACGGUAGUCUGAACGACUUCUUGUUCGGCCAGAAUCAAACUUCCAACGUCAAAGAGGUCAACGACUUCCUCUUCGACCCAUUGGGCGGUAAUUCCGCGAGCAAUCUUAUCGGCGGCCUCCAAGCUGGCCCGAAGCCGAACAACCUGAAGAGCCCGAAUACUGAGGAGAGCUUCCCACGGAACGCCAGCGUGCCGAACUUCGGCGCGCAGAGCAAGGACCCAUUCGCGAAUCUCGCGGGCUCGCUGGGCGCCGGUCUAACGUCCAGCUGGAACGGCACGCCGAAGAACUCCAACACGCCGCAGUCGGCGAGCCCGGCGCCCGCCAGCACGCCUAUCCACUCCAGCCCGAACAUCCACAAAUCCAGCAACACCAACAGCACCGUCAACAACGACGCGACCAAUCACGCGGACGCGUUCGGCAACAAGGCGACGAAGGAGAAGUCGAGCGGCGACGCGUUCGAGGACCUGCUCGGCAGCCAGGGCUACAACUUCUUCAGCUCGCGUAAGGCGGACAAGGAUAGCCCGAAGACAAUAAACCAGAUGCGGAAGGUGGAGGCGGCCAAGACGAUGGAUCCGGACCGGCUGAAAAUCUCGGAGUGGACCGAGGGCAAGAAGGGCAACCUGCGCGCGCUUCUUUGCUCCUUGCACACGGUCCUCUGGCCAGAGGCUGACCGGUGGCAACGCUGCGAGAUGCAUCAGUUGGUCACGGUUGCGGAUGUUAAGAAAGCGUACAGGAGAGCCUGUUUGGCUGUGCAUCCCGAUAAGCAAGCGGGCACGGUGAACGAGAAUAUAGCGAAGUUGAUCUUCAUGGAGCUGAACAACGCGUGGAGCACAUUCGAGAACGACGCGUCGCAGCAAAAUCUAUUUAACUAAUUUUAAUGACCGUUAUCUGUUAUCGAGAACCUGUCUCUGUAAUUAAUUUAGUUCCUAGCGGAAGGGAAGUUAAGAACAGGCGAACGGGGGGAGGGGAGUCUCGUUAUCCGUGAGAUAACCGCGCAACUGCAUUCCGACUACGUUAUUUUAGCUGUUAGAGAAAGAACGGGGAAAGUGUAAUCGUCAGAAACGAUGACGACGAGAUGGGAACAGCGCUUCGUGGAAGUAUCUCCUUAUCGUUUCAACGCCUUGUAAACCUAGUAAAAAAAAAAAAAA